AGCAGCCAAGUUAUCGGCCACUUGGACUGACUUUGUGAGAAGAGCUGUUGGGGCUCCAAGGCACUCCCUUGCUGCAAUGAAUGCGAAAGCCCUCCUAGUUCUCCUGGUGCUUGCUCUGGUUACUAUUUUUGCCUUAGUGUGCGUGCUGCUGACCAGGAGGGAGGCCCUUCCUUACUGUGGUGCCGGGUCUCAGGCUUCCCUGGAUGGAAGGCACAACGACCAGAGUCUGGUAUUUGCUGAUCUGUCAGCAGAAGAGAUGGUCCAGGUGGUGAAAUAUCUACAGUCCCACCUGGGGCUGCCCUUGGUAGAUGCUUAUCACGCCAACUCUUCCGAUAACUGCAUUUACUACUUGGAUGUGGAGCUGCCCCACAAAGAAGAGGUGCUUAAAUUCCUUGAUGGUAGCGGGCCACAGCCUCUUCGACAAGCACUGGCCGUGAUGUACUUUGGAAAUCAGCCAGAACCAAAUAUCACAGAGUACGUGGUGGGCCCGCUCCCAAUGCCAACAUAUCAUCAAGAUGUGACGGUCGAAAAGUAUGGGAAGAAGUUGUCCUACCAUGGUAGAACUGUGAUGGGAAAUGAAUAUGAACAAAUUGCAAAAUUCCUAUUGGGAGGGAAACUUCUUGAGGCAUCCACUUUCUUCAAUCAGGUAUUUGGGCAUAAUGGAAGCAACUUUGCAGCCCUCACUGUAGCCCCUCGAGGGUUCCACUCUGGAGAUCGUGCCACUUGGUUUUCAUUGUUCCAGGAUAUAAAGGGCUUCUUCCUGCAUCCAGUGGGAUUGGAGCUGAUGGUAGACCACAGCAGUCUGAACAUAUCUCAUUGGAGUGUGCCAAAGAUAUUCUACAAUGGCCAGUAUUUUGACAGUUUGCCAGAGCUGGAAAGAAAAUUCAAAGAGAAGCAUGUGAAGGUGGCAAAGAUCAAGAAAGUCUCAUCUGAUGGGGGCUUUGCCUCAAUUGAUCAAAGGGUUCCCCCUUUGGGAGCUGGUCCUUUGCACUAUGAGCCUUGUGGGCCACGCUACAGUGUAAGGAACAACCAGGUUAUUUCACCAUCUUGGAGUUUUGCCUUCAGGAUGGAUGUGAACAGAGGCCCCUCUAUCUACGACAUCAGAUUUAAAGGCCAAAGGAUUGUCUAUGAACUCAGUGUGCAGGACGCCAUGUCUGUCUAUGGUUCUAACUGCCCUACUGGGAUGUCAACCCGUUAUAUGGAUAGCAGUUUUGGAAUUGGGAGGUUCACUUAUUCGCUAGUUCGUGGAAUUGAUUGCCCAUACUCUGCCACCUAUCUCAAUGCUGUUUAUUUAAUUGAAACCUUGACUCCAGAGGUGCAGAAGAACUCCAUCUGUGUUUUUGAGCAGAAUGUAGGGGUCCCCUUCCGGCGUCAUUACUCCAACCUUCAAUCCCUCUAUUAUGGGGGUUUGUCUGACUCUGCCCUGGUCUUGCGCUCUGUGGCUACUCUGGGCAACUAUGACUAUGUCUGGGACUUUAUUUUUCAUCCAAACGGUGCCAUUGAAAGCAAAGUCCGAGCCACUGGGUACAUAACCUCCUCUUUUCUCUAUGGGGAUGGGCUGGACUAUGGCAACAGAGUUGGGGAUCAUACCCUUGGGACGAUCCAUACUCAUUUCAUCAACUACAAAGUGGACUUGGAUGUGGGAGGUGUUCAGAAUUCCUUGAUAGCCAACGACAUGACUUUUGAGACAGUGAAGGCCCCUUGGAGCCCAGAACAUGAGAUCCACCAGAUGAAAAUGGUGAAAAAAGUCUUGGAUACUGAAGACAAGGCUGCCUUCCGCUUAGAUGACAGCAUGCCAAGAUACAUAUAUUUUGCAGCAAAUAGCAAAAACAAAUGGGGCCAUUAUCGUGGCUAUCGGAUACAGCCAAUCAGCUUUUCUGGGGACCACCUGCCAGAGACAGAUCCAAUGGAACGAGCCAUCAGUUGGGCCAGGUACAAGUUGGCCGUCACCAAGCGAAAGGAGGAAGAACCAUUCAGCACCAGCAUCUAUAACCAGAAUGACCCAUGGACACCUUCAGUUGCCUUUGCUGACUUCAUAGAUAAUGAAACAAUUGUCAAUGAGGACCUGGUCGCCUGGAUCACCACUGGCUUCCUGCAUAUUCCACAUGCUGAGGACAUCCCCAACACUGUGACGCUUGGGAAUGCAGUUGGCUUCCUUUUGAGGCCCUACAACUAUUUUGAUGAGGAUCCCUCCAUCUAUUCUCCUGAUGGCGUUUUCUUCACCAGCGAGCAGGAUCCCACUUCCUGUGACGUCAACCACAUUGCCUGCCUGCCAAAAACGGCUUCCUGCUUGCCCAACCUUCCACCUUUCACUUAUGAGGGCUUCCAAAAUCUGACAAGGCUCUGAUAAGUUCUAGACUUUGGAUGGGUGGCAGGGUUGAGAGCAGUGGGGACAGAGCAGUGAAGUGAAACCUAUGUGUAACAAGGGCAGUUAGCCCGAAAUAAAUUUCUAUUCAGUAUCUUCUAGCCCAAAUCUUAAGCCUUGCUUGCAUGUAUUGGACAAGUUUGGAAAUCAUAUUUGCGAUACCAGACAGAUUGCUCAACUGAAGUUUAUUUUUUUUGCCAGUCACCUAAACACUCAUAUAUUUCUUUCCUUCUGGAGAUUUCCAUAGGUAUAUCUACGUUUCAACUAACUGGCUUAACAGCCAUUCUCUUUCUAAAAUGAACUCUGCAGACUGUAAUUUUGUAAGGUAGGGAUUUUGAACGAGUUCUUAGCAUCUUCACCAAACUACAAUUCCUAGGAUGCUUUGAGGGAAGCCGUGACUAUUAAACUGAUGUAAAGCCAGUAUCCAUUUGUAGUACAAAUAUAUUUGUUUGGUUUCUUGCUUGUAAUCUGGGAUUGCCCAUAAAUCAAAGGGUGGUGACGGACACAAUAUUUCAAGAGAAAUCAGUGUGUCUUCUUCACCCAAGACGUGAGUUUGACUUCAUCCCAGCUUUAUAGAUUGCUUAGUCACCAGACUUCUCAUCUCCCAUCUACUCCCGCUGUUUCAGGUAAGAUGCCCAUCUUUAAAAAAAAUUAAAUAAAAAUGGAAUACCACAUGUCUUCA